CGCCCGCCUCAACGCCGAUAUAAGGCGGUAGCGGCGGGUUUGCGGGCAGCAGCUGCAGAGCCCAGCCUAGCUGAGCUCAGCCCAGCAGAGCUCAGCCCAGCAGAGCCCGCAGCGCUCACUACCCAAUCCCCUGCCCCGCAGCAGCAGCAGCCACCUCGAAUUGACAUCUUGAGGAUCUGCUGUCGAAACGAUGGAAACCAUGCACGAGCUGAUCCCCUUUGCCAAAGAAAUGCUCAGCCAGAAGCCCAACAGGAAAAUGGUCAAGCUGUACAUGCUGGGCAGCGUGCUGGCUUUCUUUGGGGUGGUUAUUGGUCUGGUGGAGACAGUGUGCAGUCCUUUCACCUCCCAAGGGAUGCUAGAUGAGGAGAAGAAACCCACUCCAACGCGAGAGCAAAUGCUUGCCCAAAAACAAGAAGAUUUGAUCUUGGAAAAGAGCAAGAAGGCGGUGGGGACGCAGAGGGCCCUGGUGACCCGGCAGCACGCGUCCUAAGAGCCCGGCACCCAGAGAGGGACCUGAGAGAUGCUGCUGUCCCGUCCUACCUGGUGGUGGUUCCAGCAAGAGGAGAGAAAGGUCGGCUGAAGGAGGAGACCGCAACCGCGAGACUUGACAAGAAGCGAAUGGUUAUAUUUGCUGCCGUGCAGCAGUGGGGGGAAAAAAUACCUUUUGUUGGUAUGCAAACGUGCAAGAUGCACAGCAUGGUUUCUUAUUUUUAUUACAGAUGCGUUUUACAACAUUUUGCAAAAAUCAAUAAAUAUUUUAUAUGGUA